AAAAAUAAUUGCAACAAGGUUACAAGUACAACAAAGCACUAAAGAUACUAAAACUACUAAUAAAGAUACUAAAACUACUAAUAAAGAUACUAAAACUACUAAUAAAGAUACUAAAGUGCUAAAAAGUGAGUAUUGGAUAAAAAAAUAA